UCGAACAUGACUUAAGCCUAAGCACGUGAUAGCAAAGGUCACAUGACCAGUCUUUUGAAAUCUGUCAGCUGACAGAAGGAUUUCUUUGCGUGUCUGUAAGGAUGUCUGUAAGUGUCCAGCCUACCCAGUGGACCUCUGACUGCAAGGAUCAGAAUUUUGAUGGGAUUAUCGUGAUAGCCAAUAGCUUUGACCAGCUCCCCAAUGAGCUUGAGAGUUUAAAAGCACCCUUGCAGGACUACAGCGCAGUGGACUGUGGCUUAGGUGAAGAAGUCGUGGUUGUUAAAGUUCCUGGUCUCCCUGGAAACAGAUUGGUGUUUGCCUCCACUGGUCCAGUGAACCGGGAUUACGAUGAUGUCAGACGAUUCAGCGAUGCUGCCAGUAAUGGCAUUAAAAGGGCUCUAAAAGCUGGCAUUCAGCGUCCUCUGCUGGUGUGUCCGCCGCACAACAGCUAUGCAAGAAACACCCUUGCGGCUGUACUGGGAGCUCUGCAGGCUCUCUAUGUGCCUUUGGAGGUGAGAGAACUCAAGUCAUCCCUUCAUAAAGUCUCUACGCUGGGCAUCUGGGUGAAGGAUCAAUCACAGGGGGAAGAAAUUGCAAAGCUGGCCAUUGCCCUGGAGAGCGGCAGAUUUGUCUGUCGUGACAUCGGUGGCUCCGACCCCGAGCGUAUGGCCGCGCCUCGGGUUGCUGAAUAUGUGCAAGCUGUCUUCAAGGACAGUCCUGUGAAGGUGACAGUCAUGAGUGAUCUGAAAACUCUGGAGAAAGAAUAUCCAUGUUUGGCUGCAGUUAAUCGAUGUGCUAACACUGUGCCACGUCAUCAGGCCCGAGUGAUCAAACUGCUGUACUGCGGUGAAGGACCCAUUCAACAGACUCUUAUGCUGGUUGGCAAGGGUAUUACAUAUGACACUGGUGGAGCUGACAUUAAAGCCGGUGGCAUCAUGGCUGGAAUGCACAGAGAUAAAUGUGGCUCUGCUGCUGUUGCUGGCUUCUUUCAGAUCCUAGCCAAACUGAAACCGAAACACCUGAAGGUUGUGGGUGCGAUGGCAAUGGUGCGGAACAGUGUCGGAUCUGAUUGUUAUGUAGCAGAUGAGUUGGUAGUGUCCCGUGCUGGCCGUACGAUCCGUGUUGGAAACACAGAUGCUGAAGGAAGGAUGGUCAUGGUGGACUUGCUUUGUGAGAUGAAAGAGCAGGCCUUAAAGGAAGUGUCUCCCGAACUCUUCACUAUUGCUACUCUGACAGGACAUGCUAUCAGAGCCAUGGGACCCAACUACUCUAUCAUAAUGGAUAAUGGAGCUGCCCGCCGGUCAGGAAAUGCUCUGGAGUGGCAGAAAGCCGGAGAGGUUCUCGGAGAUUUGUUUGAGGUGUCCACAAUUCGUCGGGAGGACUAUGAGUUUCACAAAGGGAAGUCUGAGUAUGAGGAGAUCCUGCAGUCAAACAAUCUUCCCUCUUCUGCUACACCACGUGGACACCAGGCACCCGCUGCCUUCCUCAUCAUGGCGUCUGGAUUAGAUAAGCAUGGAGUUGACUCAGACAAACCUUUGCCUUAUUCCCACAUUGACAUUGCUGGAUCCAGCGGGCCAUUCCCUGGUGUCCCAACAGGUGCUCCUAUCCUUGCCAUGGCGACAAAGUACUUACAGCUUUAAAUAAAUGUUUUGUAUCAUCAUCAGUUUUGCCAUUUCUCUGAUGAAUACCUUACAUUUGUAAUAAAGCACUUCUGACUUGUA